AAUAAUAAUUAUAUAUACUUUUUCAAGAAAAGGGCAAAAAAUCUCUAAUAACUACAACAAUAUUUUCUUUACUUGAUUAUCGAUUUCGGAUUCUUCAAUAUCUCUUAUCAUUUCUUGCAUAAACCCCAUCUGGGUUCCUCACAGAUUUCCAUUUCACAGCCUAAACAAAACGCUUAAAAUACAAAACAUAUACAUAUAUACAUAAAUACUUGAAUUUCUAUAGAAUCACAUUUUUCGUCGUCUCCACAGAAAUCUUACCACCAACUGAUACAACAAUCUGAUCGGUUUCUCUUUCACUACUUCAAUCGCUUUGAUUGUAGAGAUAACAGAUCAUCACUUGUUACCCGUUGUUCCUUUCUUCUGUUCUUCUGUUGUUCCCCUAAUUUCUACCAAAUUUGUUUCAAAAUCGAAGCUUUUCGAUUUGUGGGGUGCAAUCAAAUCGGGUCUUGGAUCAUCGGGUACACCCCACCAAAGAUCUUUCAAAUAAUCGAAGUAUUUGAUCUUUGUGGAUUUUUUAUUUUUCGAGUUUGGUGGAGGCGAGGCGGUUACAAUGGCAGCUUCGAAAUCUGCUGCACGAAUGGAUUACUGGAGGGAGUAUUUUAAGAGCUCAAAUGGCGAUAUAUUUGAAACCAUCGAGAAAGCAAUCAUCGUUGCUGCUUCGGAUUACUCAAACGAGUUUCGGAUUAGGAGAGAUGGCAUUGCUGAAACUUUGUUCUCUUGUAAAUUGAUUAAGUGUUCUGGAUGUGAUAAGGUGGAAUUAGGUUUGCCUGGAGACCAAGAACAGCAAGACCUUAAUGUGGGUAACCAUCAAAUUAACAAUUACGAUUAUGGAGUCGCCGAAGCUUUGACCGAUGAAAUCGAAGAGGAAUCCUUGAUUUUUGGUGAGGUUAUGAGGAUUAAAGAGAUUGUCGACAACAAUCAAGAUGAGUCUGAAUCGGUGUUGUACAACUCAUUGAGAAAGCUUCAGCUGAUGAAUCUAUCGGUGGAAACUCUCAAGGCAACUGAGAUUGGAAAAUCUGUCAAUGUUGUUCGAAAGCAUGCAUCAAAGGAUGUUCGUGAUAUUGCAAAGACACUCAUAGAAGAGUGGAAGGUUAUGGUGGACGAAUGGGUGGUUGCUAUCGAAAAACCGACAGUGGUUUCUGAAGCUACACCCGAGUCUUUGAAUCCUUCUGUUCUUGAUGAAGAAGUAGAAGGAGAAGAAGAAGAAGGCCUCCCAUCUCCUCCUCUUGAUGAUCUUGCAUUCUUUUACCCUCACUCGUCAUUAGAGCUAUCCGAGUUCUUUGAUGGCAUGGACGAUUAUGGAAAUCUUGGAAACAGUACGGGAUACAACAAGAACCGUAACGAUAUUAGAACCGAGAAACAAAAUGUACCAAAAUCAAAACACCAAAAACCAUCAAACGUCCCAAUUACAGUUCGUAAGAACGAGUUCAAAUCUGAAGAUUUAACAAAGAUGAAGAAGAAACAACCAACUGUUGUGAAACCGGUCAAACCUUCAGUUCCAGAGUCCGCUCCAGGAACACGGGUCAAACCAAACCCGGAAAGGAAGAUGCAAACCGUUCCAAAGAGACCUCAACAAAGCAACCAAAGGGUAUCUGGCGAGGCAACCACUCAAGAUAAAUUUGAAACGGCAAAGAGAAAGCUCCAGGAACGGUAUCAACAAGCGGAAAAUGCGAAAAGGCAGCGAACGAUACAAGUGAUGGAGUUGCGGGACCUACCGAAGCCAAAGAACGGUUUUCCAGUAAGAAAUCAGCAGAAUGUUAGGCCCGGAAGCAACCACAACAGACAUCGGUGAUGAAAUGAAGAGUGGUAGAAAGUGUUUUUUGAUUUUAUAGCUUAAAGUUUUAAACAAAACAAAAGAUAGAUUCUUCGAGUUCAAACACAAUAAAAAUGCAUUUUAUGAGUCGAUCGAUUGAACAGCCACAGCCGUAGGAUCUGAAUCUUUUCAACAAUGGUU